CGUUCUUCUCCAACGAGCUGCGAUCUUGUUGCGUUAUUCGUGCUCUCUGGUUUGACAUGUCGGUUGCACGGAGUUUUGAUUUGUGGCAGAAAGAUGCUUUCUUUUCCGCCGCUGAGGAGGUGCAAGAAUCGGCUGACAUCACAAAAUGUUGGAGAGGAGGAUGGUUAAGCAAUUGGAUACGUUGCAGACUAGCUCAAGACAUUUCCUUAAUGUAUUUCAUCUUAGUACCGUGGGUAUUUGAUGUUGAUAGAAGAUGAAACGAUGAGCACCCUGCAGAGAGAACAGAUAGUCUGGUUUUUCAGAUAUUCCUGUGAAGGAUUGUCGCUAUUGAAGUUUUGUUAAAAGCCUUAUCUUGUGUUUUAGGGUGGAAUUGUUCUGCUUAUGGAUGCAGGCGGAGAGUUUAAAUCACGAUUUGUGAUUGGAAUCCACAUACAGGACAUGGUUAAGAGAGAAAAGAACAAAGUCAAUGGUAGAAAAUUUGGAUGAAUUCACCAGGGAGUUGCGAACUGCACUGGGAACAGCCAAAUGGCAGUUGGAAGAGUUUGAGAAGGCUGUAAGAUUGAGCCAUAGAAAACAUGGGGAUGCUACUAAGCUGGAAAGACAUAGGCAAUUUAUUGAUGCCAUUGAAAACCAGAUAUUCUGCGUCGAGGCAUCAUUACGUGAAUAUUUUAUCGAGGAAGGCAAGCAACCACUUAAAUGGGUAAACCUUAAUGAGGAGGAACGUGAUGAUUUAGCUGCAUUUCUCACUGGGACAACACCUACUAUACGAGGUCCAAAAGAUGAACACUCGGAACCUGUAUCUUCUUAUGAAGAAUCUAUUCAUGAGACUUGUAACAGAAGACGAGAAGCAAGCAGUAACCAGAGCAGCUUAGAUAUUAGUGAUAAAGUUGAAGAAAUUCAAAAUGCACAGUUUGUCAUGAAACUUCAAGAUAAUGAAAUUUCACGUUCAAGGGAUGAAGUUGUAUGCCAUACAGAAAGGACAACCAAUGGUAGAAGAGUGUGGAGUUCACCUAACUUCGAUACUUUGACAAUUGUUAUUCCUGAUGAAGAUGAACGGAGAAACCCAAUGCCAAUGGUGGAGCCCACACCUAAAGAAAAAGGAUCCAGAACAAACCUCUGGAGGCAAACUGGAAGGGAGUUUCUUCCAGCAAAAAUUGCGGGUCAUGUAUGCAGUCAGCUCUAUUCUAGGUUUCUGGUUCGCAGACAAUUCCAGAGUUCAAGGAAUAUGCAGCGUGGUUGCUCAGUUCAACUUACACUUGCUCUGAUGCUAACAAUUUUCUUAUUGGUGCCCUUUGUACUUUAUUCAACUUGACAGUUCUGUAUGAGACAUCGACAAUAUAGCAGUGGUUACAACAGCAGAUUUAGAUCUCAAAGCUCUGGAGAAAUGAAGGUGUUGUUUCCAGAGGAUUGAAUGAGGCCAUUUUUAUUUUUGUUGCUAUAAAAAAUGUGAAAGAGGCAGCAAGAAUUAGGAUUUAGGGUUUGUGUCACAAAUAUCAAUAUGUAUUAUAGCCAGGAAUUAUGGUUUGUGUAUUGUGUCUGUUGUUUCUCUAUUGGGAUUAUUGGACGAAUCAAAGAUUGAUGAUCGACGUAUCAAAAUCGUCUCGUUAAAUAUAAUUUGUUUUACAUGUAGAAAAUCUUCCACGGACAUAAUUUCAUUGAUUCAAAUUUGAAACUAUUUCUCUA